CAUUCAUUGCCGCGCCUUCAUCGGCAGUCCAAGCUAGCCGCUAAAGGAAUACGUUAAUCGUGAUUCUUACUCUUCGAAGCAAUGGAUUUCCACAGCCUUACAAGGAGAGAGCUGCAGGCGUUCUGCAAGAGGAAUAAAAUCCCAGCCAACAUGACCAAUGCUGCCAUGGCCGACGCUCUCAGUGCUCUCGAGAUCGUUGAAGGAAUUGAGGAUUUUAUGCAGACAUCUCAAACAGAAAGCACACAAUCAUCCAUUGAGCUACAAGACAGCUUGGAGGUAACAUCUCCAUAUGUUCCUCCAACUGGUGGCCGGAGCACACGCCGGAGAAAUGUCUCCAAUGCUGAACCUGUGGUAAUGACCACGGCUCGGUGCACUACCCGGAAAACCACUGUCAAAGCUCAGGUCGAUGCAAUGGAAACUCCGGCAGUGGCAGCGCAGGCUAGCCGAAGGAGGGUCCAGAUUGCCCCAGCGUAUCUUGAACUGGAUUCGCAGUUGGAGAAAUGCGUGGAACAGAAGAAGGAUGCUUUGAUGACCCCUGCUGCAGUGGGGGCUACUAGCCGGAGAAGAAGAGCAGAGGAGACUGAGAAGAAGGUGUACAGCACGCGACGAUCGGCCAGGUUGGCAGUGAAAAGUAUGCCAAUGUUGAGUGGAGAAACUGAGCUUUCUAAUGAAGAAUUGUUUGCUAAAGAUUGUGAAGACCAGGAGGUGAAUCAGAAAGAAGUGUCAGGAGUUACUGUUGAAAAUGUGGAGGAUAGAGAAAAAUCUGAGCUUUCCAAUGAAUUAUGUGCUAAAGAUUUUAUAGAUCAGGAGGUGAAUCAGAAAGAACUAUCAGGAAUUACUGGUGCAGAUGGAGUUGAAAAUAUGGAGGUGGAUAUAGAAAACUCUGAGCUUUCCAGCAAUGAAUUAUCUGCUAAAGAUUGUGAAGAUAAGGAGGUGAAUCAGAAAGAAGACCAUAUUGAACUGUCGGGAAUUACUGGCGCUGAUGUAGUUGAAAAUAUGGAGGAUAAAGAAAAAUCUGAAAAGGAUAUAACCGUGGGAGAAGUAGAAAAGGGCACUGAUUCUGCAGCUGCAGUUCAACAUAAUGAAGAGAUAUUUGAUAACACAGAAUAUCCUGGUGAUGAAGACACAGAAUUGCUGGUUCAACAGAGUGAAGGUUGUGUCGAUGUCCCCAAAUGUGAAACUGAAGAAGUCACAGUUGAGAGAUCAAAACAAGUAGAAGAUAUUGAGACCGAUGCAGGAUCUAAAGACGAGGCUGUGGAGUUUGAAAGCAAAUGUGAAACUGAAAUCACAGUUGAGAAUUCAAAAGAAGAUUAUAUUGAAACCGAUGCAGGAUCUGCAGACGAGGCAGCUGAGUUUGAAAGCAAAUGUGAAACUGAAGUCAAAGUUGAGAACUCAAAAGAAGUAGAAGAUGUUGAGACCGAUGCAGGAUCUGCAGACGAGGCAGCUGAGUUUGAAAGCAAAUGUGAAACUGAAUUCACAGUUGAGAACUCAAAAGAAGUAGAUAAUAUUGAGAUAGAUGAAGGAUCUGAAGAAGAGGCUACUGAGUUUGAAAGCAAAUGUGAAACUGAAGUCACAGUGGAGAACUUGAACGAAGUAGAUGAUGAUGAGACAGAUGCAGGAUCUGAAGAAGAUGCUGCUGCUGCGUUUGAAAGCAAAGUGGUAGUAGUGUGUGAUGAUGAGGUUGAGGUUGAGGUAGAGUGUGAAGAUGAUCAUGACUUGAAUGUGACAUUAGGCAAACUCACAGAGAUGAGUCUGGAACAAGAAGUUGAUUUUGGUAUUCAUGAAGAGACAAAGAAGACUGAAACUGUUCAAGUCGAAGAGAGUGAAGAAACGGAAACUAUGGAGGUUGAAGAAAGUGUUAAGGCUAACGGGACCGAAUUGGUGAUCACAGAAGAUGAUACGAUCAAGGCAGGGAAAGACAAAGUGCGGCGUUUUGAAGAGGAGAGCUUGAGAAAGCUCUCGAAGAUGUUGAAGGAGAAGCUACAGAUCUCGAGUAAAAGAUCAAGCAAGAAUGGCGGCAACGAGGUGCGCCAGAGAUCAGCUUUGCAAGAGCUCCCUGAGAACACAUUGAUCGGUGGGAAUGGAAAGUGAAAAAACCAAGUUAGUGUGUGCACUGUGCGUGCACCAUUGAGGAUAGAAGAAGAGAAGUGAUGUUACUGUAUUUGAGUUAAAAGUUCUGAUAUUUCAUCAAUCUGUAGUACUCUACUGUUGUAGUUCUUGUGAGGCAAGUUUUUGAAAUUUUGGAAGAGUGAAAUUUUACUAAAUACCAUUAUCAUAAUAAUAUUCUGGUACAGAUCCAAGCCCCCUAGCUCAAGUGGUUGAGGAGGGUGGCAAGGAUAUGGCGCCAUCCUAGAGGUCUUGAGUCGGAUGGCGCGACUUUGGGAUUAAUUUCCCUGUGGGCCUGUUCAAGGUUGUUUCCUUGGGGCUUGGCAAGCUUUCGAGUCUGGACACGCCUGAGGGUGGCGGGUAGUCUACCGGAGCUGAACUCGUCGGAGGGGAGCAGUCUACGAGCCAACAUUGGCUAGUUCACGGGCCAAACCCGUUAGAGGGAAGCUAAAGUAUUCGAGCCACGAGGGGCUGUGGCGGGCUAGUUCGCUUGCCGAAUGUAUCUCGAACUCCUAUGUAUGAAAAAAAUAAUAAUAAUAAUAAUAUUCUGGUACAGGUUCUCUCCUUAA